GCAUCAGUUACUCAGUUGUACACCAAAGCCAACCAGCAAACCAACAAACCACCAAACCACCAAACCACCAAACCACCCAAAUCAACAUGAAGUUCUUCCAAGCCGCUGCCCUCCUUCUGGCCAUGUUCGCUGCCCUCGCCAAUGCUGAGCCCGUUCCCCAACCCGGAACCGUGCUCAUCCAGACCGACAACACCCAGUACAUCCGCACCGGUUAGGACUUGGGAAUGACUUCGAAUUGCUUAGCUAUCCUAUUUUGAUUUUCAAAUAAACAAAAUUAAAUAAACAAA